AUGCAUGUAGUCUGCAAGCCUCGCUACGCUUCCGACGACGGCAUGGACUGCCGCCUCACGACCGAGGACGGCACUUGCACCCUCUGUCAGCUGCCCAUAAUCGGGAGUAUCUGUGUCCAUGAGCUCACGCUUAGGUACUUUGCUUCUGAAUUCGAGCUAAGACGGGGUGACUUUAUGCUUCUCGACAUCAUCACCACAGGUGCUGGCAACAAUCCCAUUACGCGGCAUUGCCGCUUCCAGAUUUCCGUCCAUAUGGAUCCUGGGGGGAGGAACCUGAAGAUAAACGCAAACUUUGACUGGAAGCCUUAUAAUCUUGGGAGUCUCAGCCACUGGCCUCCCAUCACAGAUAUUGUCAGGUAUCUCGACGAUGAGAGCGCGAUCCGAAUCGCAGAAUAG